CCGAAUCGUAGUUUACAACUAUACAAGAUAUUAUAUUCGACCACAUUAAGUGUUACAAUAUUAUUUAGACGAUGUUUAAUUUGUAUGAGUAAUUUUGUGUAAUGAAUGAUCGAAUAGUAACUGAAUUAUAAAAAUAAGAAGACGAUUCAUUUGUGUAUAUAUAUUUUGCAUAUGAAGUUCUUUUUUAAACAUUGCCAGCAUUUAGCUAGGUUAUAUCAUGAAGCGUUUUUCUCGAAAUUUUUUGAUAUUAAGGGACUUGCAUAGUUGUACUACAUUAUUUCGAGAAGUACCAAAAGAUUUAAAAGGGAAGAAGCAUAGCUCGCAAUUAUGGCUUGUAAGACAGUUAAAAGAUCCUUACGUGGAGAUGGCUCGAAAAGAAAACUAUAGAUGUAGAAGUGCAUACAAACUGUUAGAAAUCAAUGAUAAAUUUAAAAUAUUGCAGCCAGGUCAUAUCGUAAUUGAUUGUGGGGCUGCUCCUGGCAGUUGGACACAAGUUGCUAUUAAAGCAACAAAUGCAAAUGCUAAGGAAGGUGGCGAUGUUGGAACUGUUUUUGGAAUAGACAAGCAACCUAUAUAUCCGAUCGAAGGUGCAACAUUAUUGAGUGGCAUGGACUUUACUGAUCCAGCAUCUCGAAAUCUACUUCUAAAACAUUUAAAUGGUAAAAAACCUAAUGUAGUUUUAUCGGAUAUGGCACCAAAUGCGUCUGGCAUAAGAGACUUAGAUCAUGAGAUGAUAAUACAACUCGCAUAUAUUGCUUUGAAAUUUGCUUUACAAGUUAGUGAAAGAAAUGGAACAUUUGUCUGUAAAAUAUGGGACGGUGGAAAAUCUCAACAAUUUGAGAAAGAUUUGAUAAAAUUUUAUAAAUAUGUAAAAUCCAUAAGACCGGAGGCAACGAGAGACGAGUCUACAGAGAAGUUUUUCAUAGCUAGGGGAUUCAAAGGAAUAAAAAGUACAUCCAGUAAUACAACGUAACAUGCAGUUUCUUUAACAAUUAAGUUAUGUACAAUAAAAAAUGCUUAAUGAAUAAAAUGAUUUGUAACAUAAUCGCUUAUCAUGCCUGGAAGGUUGUAAAUAAUAACGAAGCAUGAUAUUUUGGUACAGGA